GGGGGGCACUUGGGGUGGGGGGGGAAGCGAUGUUUGCCCGUCAGUCGAGUCCGGAGUGAGGAGCUCGGGCGCCGGAGCGGAGGGAGACUCUUCAGCUUAAGCUUGCCGCUGCCACGGCCACCGCCUGGACUUUUGCUCGGAGGGAGUCGCAGAGGGUCUGUCGCCGCCGUCCUCUGGAGGGCAGCGCGAUUGGGGGCCCAGACCUCCAGUCCGGGAGAGAUUUUUCGUCGUCCCCCCUCCCCCCAGCGAGGGAGCCCGAGCGGCCGCCAAACAAAGGUACCAGUCGCCGCCGCGGGAGGAGGAGGAGCCGGAGCUUCAGCCUCAGCAACCGCUGGACCCGCCGCCCUUCUUCCCCCAUCUCUCCCCCGGGCCUGCUGGUUUUGGGGGGGAGCAGGGGAGGGGACUCUGGACGUGCCAGGGUCGGAGCUCGCCUCCGAGGAAGGUGCAGGUGAAUCUGGUAUUUUCGGGGAGAUCGCGGCCCCAGGAUCAUCAUGAAGGCGCUUGAUGAACCUCCCUAUUUGACAGUGGGCACUGAUGUGAGUGCUAAAUACAGAGGAGCCUUUUGUGAAGCCAAGAUCAAGACAGCAAAAAGACUUGUCAAAGUCAAGGUAACAUUUAGACAUGAUUCUUCAACAGUGGAAGUUCAAGAUGACCAUAUAAAGGGCCCACUAAAGGUUGGGGCUAUUGUGGAAGUGAAGAAUCUUGAUGGUGCAUAUCAGGAAGCUGUAAUCAAUAAGUUAACAGAUGCUAGUUGGUACACUGUAGUUUUUGAUGAUGGUGAUGAGAAAACGUUGAGACGAUCCUCACUGUGCCUGAAAGGAGAGAGGCAUUUUGCCGAGAGUGAAACAUUAGACCAGCUCCCACUCACCAACCCUGAACAUUUUGGCACUCCCGUCAUAGGAAAGAAAACAAAUAGAGGAAGAAGAUCUAAUCAUAUACCAGAGGAAGAGUCUUCUUCAUCCUCCAGUGAUGAAGAUGAGGAUGAUAGGAAACAGAUUGAUGAGCUUCUGGGAAAAGUUGUAUGUGUAGAUUACAUUAGUUUGGAUAAAAAGAAAGCACUGUGGUUUCCUGCAUUGGUGGUAUGUCCUGACUGUAGUGAUGAAAUUGCUGUGAAAAAGGAUAAUAUUCUCGUUCGAUCUUUCAAAGAUGGCAAAUUUACUUCAGUACCAAGGAAGGAUGUCCAUGAAAUUACUAGUGACGCUGUACCAAAGCCUGAUGCUGUAUUAAAGCAAGCCUUUGAUCAGGCACUUGAAUUUCACAAAAGUAGGACUAUUCCUGCUAACUGGAAGACUGAAUUGAAAGAAGAUAGUUCUAGCAGCGAAGCAGAGGAAGAAGAGGAGGAGGAAGAUGAUGAAAAAGAAAAGGAGGAUAACAGCAGUGAAGAAGAGGAAGAAAUAGAACCAUUUCCAGAGGAAAGGGAGAACUUUCUUCAGCAGUUGUACAAAUUUAUGGAAGAUAGAGGCACACCUAUUAACAAACGACCUGUACUUGGAUAUCGAAAUUUGAAUCUCUUUAAGUUAUUCAGGCUUGUACACAAACUUGGAGGAUUUGAUAAUAUUGAAAGCGGGGCUGUUUGGAAACAAGUCUACCAAGAUCUUGGAAUCCCUGUCUUAAAUUCAGCUGCAGGAUACAAUGUUAAAUGUGCUUAUAAAAAAUACUUAUAUGGUUUUGAGGAGUACUGUAGGUCGGCCAAUAUUGAAUUUCAGAUGGCACUGCCAGAGAAAGUUGUUAACAAGCCUUGUAAGGAGUGUGAAAAUGUAAAAGAAAUAAAAGUUAAGGAAGAAAAUGAACCAGAAAUCAAAGAAAUAAAGAUUGAAGAGGAAGCCAAUAUAAUACCAAAAGAAGAAAAGCCUCUUGAAGAGGGUGUUGAAAGAAAGGAGAAUACUCAGCCCUCUCAGGGGAGUAAAAAGAAUUUAUUAGAAUCUAUGCCUACACAAUCUGAACAGGAAAAAGAAGUUAACAUGAAAAAAACAGAAGAAAAUGAAAACCUGGAAGAUAAAGAUGAUGAUACAGCUGGAGCAGAUGAACCUCUCAGCAUAAAGGUAGAAGCUGGAGAAGAAAAAGCAAAAUCUGGAGAUGAAACGAAUAAAGAGGAAGAGGAAGAUGAUGAAGAAGUAGAGGAGGAGGAGGAGGAGGAGGAGGAGGAAGAGGAUGAAGAGGAUGAUGACAACAAUGAGGAAGAGGAGUUUGAGUGCUAUCCACCAGGCAUGAAAGUCCAAGUGCGGUAUGGACGAGGGAAAAAUCAAAAAAUGUAUGAAGCUAGUAUUAAAGAUUCUGAUGUCGAAGGUGGAGAGGUCCUUUACUUGGUGCAUUACUGCGGAUGGAAUGUGAGGUAUGACGAAUGGAUUAAAGCAGAUAAAAUAGUAAGACCUGCUGAUAAAAAUGUGCCUAAGAUAAAACAUCGCAAGAAAAUAAAGAAUAAAUUAGACAAAGAAAAAGACAAAGAUGAAAAAUACUCUCCUAAAAACUGUAAACUCCGGCGCUUGUCAAAACCGCCAUUUCAGACAAAUCCAUCUCCUGAAAUGGUAUCCAAAUUGGAUCUUACUGAUGCCAAGAACUCUGAUACAGCUCAUAUUAAAUCCAUAGAAAUCACUUCUAUCCUUAAUGGACUUCAAGCUUCUGAAAGUUCUGCUGAAGACAGUGAGCAAGAGGAUGAAACAAGUGUUCAGGACCUAGAGAACCAUGGCAAAGAAGAAUCUAAGAUGGAUCAUUUGACUCACAACAGAAGUGAUCUUCCAUCCAAAGAGGAACAGAACAGUUCAUCUUUGCUUGAAGAAAACAAAGGCCACGCAGAUUUGGUAAUAGCCAAACCCUUGUCAAAAUCUCCAGAAAGCUUAAGAAAAGAUAUGGAAGCCUUAUCUGAAGAUACUGACUAUGAAGAAGAAGAUGAAGUCACAAAAAAGAGAAAGGAUGUUAAAAAGGACACCGCUGAUAAAUCUUCAAAGCCACCGGUGAAACGUGGUAAGAGAAGGUACUGCAAUACCGAGGAGUGUUUAAAAAGCGGCUCCCCCAGUAAGAAGGAGGAUAAGGCCAAGAACAAAGAAGCCCUUUGCAUAGAAAACAGUAGCAAUAGCUCCUCAGAUGAGGACGAAGAAGGAAAGUCCAAAGCCAAGGUGACACCGACUAAGAAAUACAAUGGUUUGGAGGAGAAGAGAAAGUCUCUACGGACAACUGGUUUCUAUUCAGGAUUUUCAGAAGUGGCCGAGAAAAGGAUAAAACUUUUAAAUAACUCUGAUGAAAGACUUCAGAACAGCAGAGCAAAAGAUCGAAAAGAUGUCUGGUCAAGUAUUCAGGGUCAGUGGCCUAAAAAAACGCUGAAGGAGCUUUUCUCAGACUCUGACACUGAGGCCGCAGCCUCCCCACCCCAUCCUGCCCCAGAAGAGGGGCCGGCUGAGGGGUCCCUGCAGACUGUGGCCGAGGAGGAGAGCUGCUCCCCCAACACCGAUCUGGCUGCCCCGCCCUCGGCCGGUGCAGAGGGCAAACCCACUGAGGAGAAGCCAGCUGAAGUCAGUGACAAAAAAUCGGAAUUUCCGAGCAGCGGCAGCAAUUCAGUGCUCAAUACCCCUCCCACAACACCUGAGUCCCCUUCCUCAGUCACCGUGACGGAAGCCAGUCGGCAGCCACCUUCUGUAACAGUGUCAGAGCCUCUGGCCCCAAACCAUGAGGAAGUCCGCAGCAUCAAGAGUGAGACCGACAGCACAGUCGAAGUGGACAGUGUCGCGGGGGAGCUGCAGGACCUGCAGUCAGAAGGGAACAGCUCGCCCACGGGCUUUGAUGCCAGCGUGAGCUCGAGCAGCAGCAAUCAGCCUGAGGCAGAGCAUCCCGAGAAAGCCUGUACAGGUCAGAAAAGAGUGAAAGAAGCUCAGGGAGGAGGAAAUUCGUCAAAAAAGCAGAAACGAAGCCAUAAGUCUGCAGUGGUAAACAACAAAAAGAAGGGGAAAGGCACAAAUAGUAGUGAUAGUGAAGAACUUUCUGCUGGUGAAAGUGUAACUAAGACUCAGCCCAUCAAAUCAGUUUCCACUGGAAUGAAGGCUCAUGGUACCAAAUCUCCUGCUAGGACGCAGUCUCCAGGAAAAUGCGGAAAGAAUGGCGAUAAGGAUCCUGACCUCAAGGAACCCAGUAAUCGAUUACCCAAAGUUUACAAAUGGAGUUUUCAGAUGUCGGACCUGGAAAAUAUGACAAGUGCUGAACGCAUCACAGUUCUUCAAGAAAAACUUCAAGAAAUCAGAAAACAUUAUCUAUCAUUAAAAUCGGAAGUAGCUUCCAUAGAUCGGAGGAGAAAGCGUUUAAAGAAGAAAGAAAGAGAAAGUGCUGCCACCUCCUCGUCGUCGUCCUCGCCUUCAUCCAGCUCCAUAACGGCUGCCGUCAUGCUGGCGCUGGCUGAACCGCCCCUGCCCGGCGCGCCCCAGAACGGAGUGUCGGUGGAGUGCAGGUGACGGCGGGCUGGCCAGGCACUCUGCACUUCCGGCUCCGGGCCGCGCCUUUUUAUACUGCACAGCGGCACAAACAAAUCAGACAAGCACUAUUUUAUAUUUAAAAUUGUUUCUUGACAAGCUGACUUGGCACUUAAGUGCACUUUUUUUAUGAAGAAAAAGUACAAUGGACUGCUUUUCCUCAAGCAAUAAUUGUUUCCAACUUGUCUGGGAAUUGUGUGUCUGGUAACUUGAAGGCCUUCCACUGUGGCAAAUGGAGGCUUUUCACUGCCUGUAGAGACGAUACAGUAAGCGUAGUUGUUGGGUGGCCAGAACAUGUUAAGAAAACUUACUGUAUAUGUAUUCCCUUGUAUUUUGUUAAAGCUGGAACAUUUGAUAUUUUUCCAUUUAUUUAUGAAAAAAUAUGAACCUAUUUUCAUUUGUACAAGCUAAUUGUUUUUUAAAGCAAGUCACCUUAGGGUGGCUUUAAUUGUAUAAGUCAAGCACAUGUAAUAAAUUCAAAACCUGCAGUUAACAGGAUGUUAGACAUCAAUCCUGAUAACCAAAUAUUAAAGAUUCUCUUUAAAAAAAAGACUGAACAUGUUUACAGGUUUGAAUUAGGCUAAAAGGUCUUGCAGUGGCUUUUCAUGCCCCUUCAAAUUGGAAUGGAACUACUGUACUUUGCCAUUUUUCUAUAAAUCAGUAUUUUUUUUUAAUUUUGAUAUAAUACAUUGUGUGAAAAAAGAAAAUGGCUAAUAAACUGUAUUAAAUCUUAAACAAUGUAUAAAGAUUGUACUUAGCCAGUUCAAAGUGUAUAUUUAUUCAUAAUGAAUUAUAACAGUUAUAUUUUUGUGUUUUCUUGUAAAUGUUUCUUUUUCUUUAAAUACAGAUAAUUCAUUUGUAUUGCUUAUUUUAUUAUGAGCUACAACAAGAGGACUUCAGGAGCAAGUAAACUUUAUUAGUAUGGUUCAAGGCUGUUGCUGCGAACCGUCUCAAAAGGAUGGUGGUUAUUUUAAGUAUAAAUAGCUAAUUGGGGUGGUAGGCCUAUAAAAAUUAAAUGCCUUGUAUAAAAUCCAAAAUGAACGCAAAAUUGUUUUCACUUGUGUUGACUUUAUGUUGUAUGAUUCCAAUCUCUGUUCUGUUUGGCACUUGUAUUUAAUUCUACACCUUUGUAAGACAUUUGUAUAUUGCGGAUGUGUUCAUUCAAGCUAUUUAAUACCUGGCACUGUUAAUACACAGUACUUUACUGUACAGACUGUUUUACUGUUUUAAUUGUACUUCUGUGUACUUUUUUUGGAUGGAGCUGGCAUGUUUUAUUUGUUUUCUGGCAAUACGACAUGUGAGAAUUUCGAAGCGUUUUGUUGUAGAUGCUAACGUGUCAGAAUCCUUUACAUUCAACUUUUCUAAGAAAAGCAUUUUCAGUCUUGUAGUGUGUGCUUACAGUAACUAAUUUUGUUGAAAAUGGUUUCAAGUUAUUCAAAUUUGUACAGGACUGUAAAGAUUUGUUGACAGCAAAACCUUGAAGAAAAGCUUAUAGAAUAAAAGCUAUAAAGUAUAUAUUAGGAUCUGCAAACAAUGAAGAAUUAUGUAAUAUAUUGUACAAAUGUAAGCAAAGGCUCUGAAAUAAAAUGCCAUAGUUUGUGAAUCCUUGA